UUGUUAGUAUUAUUUUGAUUGCAAGUGUGAAAGAAGAUAGCCGCGCCCUGGUUGUGUCUAGUGAAUUAUUUAAAUGGUAAUUAAUUAAUUAAUAAAUAAUCGCGGUGUAAUAAUAGUUGAAUUACUUAUUUCGUCGAGUAUAGUUUUAAUAAUAUCGGCGCAAUGUUUAGUAUAAAUGGUGUGUGCAGUGUUAGUGCUUGAUAGUGAAUACACGGCAAGAACGUUACCUCGCCUUAAAACGAAUACUGACAGUUGGCUUCUACUCCAUAAUUAAGCGUUCAAAGUGUUGUGGGCAGAGGUCUUAGCUAGAAAAGCUGGAGCUGCCGCUUGAUUUGGACGUGCAACACACUGGAUCAGAAGAAGACGGAAGAUUGAAGAAAGCGGUGCUCAGUAGCCAAUUCCCAGACUGACAUUAUGAAUGAGUUGGAGGCGCUCAGACAAGAAGCGGAAACGUUAAAAAAUGCCAUCCGAGAUGCUAGAAAAGCAGCAUGCGACACCACACUGGUGCAAGCGACCAGCAAUUUGGAACCUGUUGGUCGGGUUCAAAUGCGCACCAGACGAACACUCCGAGGACAUCUUGCGAAAAUAUACGCCAUGCAUUGGGGUUCCGAUUCCAGAAAUUUAGUAUCAGCUUCACAAGAUGGUAAAUUAAUAGUAUGGGAUAGUCACACUACGAAUAAAGUUCACGCUAUACCGUUAAGAUCUAGUUGGGUUAUGACAUGUGCGUACGCUCCUUCCGGUAGUUACGUCGCUUGUGGUGGCUUAGACAACAUAUGUUCCAUUUACAGUUUAAAAACUAGAGAAGGUAAUGUCAGGGUUAGCCGAGAACUGCCAGGACAUACAGGAUAUCUGUCUUGUUGUCGAUUUCUUGAUGAUAAUCAAAUUGUAACUAGUUCCGGAGAUAUGUCUUGUGCUCUUUGGGAUAUCGAAACUGGACAACAAGUUACGUCGUUUAUUGGACAUACAGGAGACGUUAUGUCAUUAUCUUUGGCACCUGAUAUGCGCACAUUUGUUUCGGGAGCUUGCGAUGCCUCCGCCAAAUUGUGGGAUAUCAGAGAAGGUGCUUGUAAACAAACGUUUCCUGGUCACGAAUCAGAUAUUAAUGCUGUUACAUUCUUUCCUAAUGGUUGGGCGUUUGCGACUGGAUCAGAUGACGCAACGUGCCGUUUAUUCGAUAUUCGGGCUGAUCAAGAGUUAGCCAUGUAUUCACACGACAACAUUAUCUGCGGAAUUACGUCCGUAGCGUUCUCGAAAUCCGGACGUUUAUUAUUAGCCGGUUACGACGAUUUUAAUUGUAAUGUUUGGGAUUCGCUGAAAACCGAACGAGCAGGUAUUCUUGCUGGACAUGACAAUCGUGUCAGCUGCCUGGGCGUUACUGAAGAUGGUAUGGCUGUGGCCACCGGAUCCUGGGACAGUUUCUUGAGAAUCUGGAACUAAAAAGUAUUCGCCUGUAUUCGCGCAGCUUUCGCAGCCGCAUCAGCAGCGAAAAUCAAAAAAAAAAAAAAUUCACAAGAACAACAACAACCUUCAAAACAAAAGAAAAAGAAUCCUAUUGUAUGUAUCUAGAGUGUUGAACAACAACAAGUAAACAAAACGAAAAUAUCCAGAUAACAUCUAUAUAAAUAUAUGUAUGUAUUAUAAUUUUAUCUUACCUCUACCUACUCUUCUGUGUAUCUAUUUAUAUAAUUUCGUGAAAAAAAAACCUUCCCCUCUCGUGUGUAGAUAAAAAGUAUGUAUUUGAGAAACAAAAAAAAAAAUUCGUCGCGCGUUCGUAUUCGUGUUAUAAAUUUCCAAACCGAUUAACUAAUACGAUCGAUUAUCGAUUAGGUCGCGAUGAUUUUCAAUUUCGUGCUAAAAAAAAACAUUUCUCGCGCUCACUUCCUGCCCUGUUGUGUGUACUUUCUCGCCAAGAAAAAGGGGAAAAAUCUAGAGAUGAUUUUUUUCAUCUACGAGUAUAUUCUAAUUAAGAUGGUUGCUGGUCAACGUAUGAUUUUGUACAUAUAAAUUUCUGUACAUACACGUUUACUACCUACUACGUAUAAAAGAGGCGGAUCAGUUCGAAUUCGAAGAUAUCUGCUCCUCUUUUGUGUCGAAGCCCAAUAUCCCCUUUUAUUUCGCCAAAUCUGCCAUUUUGUCGUCGGGGAUCGUUCAAUUUACCUAUUCCAUUAAGAUCGGACCAGCUCCUCAACGAGGGAGAGAUGUUGAAACGGAAUAAUGAAAAUAGGGAUUUUUUUUUUUUGAAAAGAAAAAAAAAAGGAAAAUACCUACCAUAAUACAUAUACUAUAUAUUAUAUAGAUACAUCGCAAACUACAUAUUGUGCGUGUGUACUCGAGCGUUAAAAAGUGUAACUCUUCAAAGAACACUUGCUCAUAAUUUUAAUGCCUUUAUAACUGUUUUUUUUCCUCACGGUUCGCGUGUAAUCCCGAACACACAUCUUUUUAUUAAAUAGUAUUUCUUAUACAUAAUUUUUAACGUGUUUUAAUCGAAUAUACAUAUUAUAUAUAAAUACGUGUGUUUAGUAAAAACAAAUGUCGUCGAUUAUAUAUUGAAUUUUUAAUUUAUAUGUGAAAGUUUUUUUUUUUUUUCGUUCUUCUCCAAUUUUAUUAACGAGAGAGUUUACAAAUUGUUGUAAGUUAGCCCAAGAAAAAAAAAACGAUUUAUUUUGCGAAACACCCUCUAUAUUUUUAUAUUUGUUGCGCGAUAUUAUAUUGAUCGAUUUUUUUCUUCAUUUUUUUUUCUUUUUUUUAUGAUUAUAUUAUAUUUAAUAUUAUUAUAAUUAUAUAUUUUACUUUACUCUUAUAACGUGUAUACAAUUACUUGUACAUAAAAAUUUUACGUAUGUUGAAAAAAAUUAUUAUUGAAAACAAAAACAACAACAAUUUGUUUAAAACUAAAAAAAAAAGAAAGGAAAACCACGCGUUUUUUUGGUUUUUUUCGAGUUUUUUUUUUCAUUUUAACGAAUUUUACUCAUAAUCUUGAUAAUUAAUGUAGAAUGUAGGUAAUUUAUAUAAUGGUAAUAAUAAUCAAUGAUAUAAUUAUAAUUCGGUAUUUAAAGGUAAUAGUAGGUGAACUUCGGUAGAACGGUAAUGAAUUUUUUUCUAUUUUGAAAAUUUACUUCUACAUAGUUUUGUUGUGUUGUAAAUAAGCCGGCUUGUAUUUUUUUUUUGUCAUAUCAGGUAACGGAGUGAACGAACGUGGAAAUACCCCCCCAAGAUAUAUAAUUUUUCGUACUAAAAUUUUUAUUCUCGUUUUUUUUUCGCCAUUUCUCUUUCGUCGAAGACUGAUUUAUUAAAAAAAAAAAAGUAUAUUUCCGCAGAGGUUUUUUUUUCGUUGAAAAAAAAAUUGAAGGUAAAAUCUAGGCCAGAGUUUGGGAAAUUUAUUGUAGAAUACGAGUGUAGGACUUCGUUACCCAUAUUAAAAAAAAAAUCAUAAUACCUAUAAUGUUACUUCGAUGAGGAUGUAAUUUUUAAACCUCGGAUCUACGUUUACGAUACUGGGACCAUUUUACGUACGUAAUUUUACACAAAAGUAGGCGAAAGAGUGGAUUUUUGAACAAAGUUUGCCCGUAAUUUUUCUCCUUGUUGUUUUUAGUUCGUUUAUACAAGUAUAAUAAUUCCGCGAUCGAAAUCUUUUUUCUAUGGGAAUAGGUUCAAUUGAACCGGUAUUAGCCGGAUUCGCUGCAAGAGAGUUUACGCAUAAUACGUUAAUCACAUUCCUGUAAUUUUUUUUUAUGUUUUUUAUUUUAUUUUUCAAAUUUCGUUACGAAGCAAAAAAAAGGCACGUCUCAACACCAAGAAAAUUUCAUCGAUCCCGAGAGGGGUUGAUUUUUCUCCAUCAGACGUAUUAGGCAAAUUGUUCGAAAAGCACAUCCCCCUCCCCUCUCUGAUUAAAGUAUUACGAUGUACUUCGACGACAGUUCUGUUGUUGUUGGUCGAGUACGCGAUAUUUUAAGGCUAAUUUUUUUUGUUUUUUUACUUCUUCCUAUAUUACUACGUUUGGAUUAAAUCUGUUUUCAAUAAAAACCGAAGUACCUAUUGCUAUCAAAAUCGCGCUUCUUUUUCGGUUUUUUUCAUUUUUCUGUCUGCCCUCUCCUCUGAAAUUAUAUACGUAUGUUAUUACAUGUGCGGUAAUGAAAGGUAUUUUUUUUUCUAUGUAUUAAUUAAUCUUUGUACGCUUUUGAUUUUUAUUAAAUUAUUAUUGUAUUUAUGUUAUUGUAUAAAUUGUCGAAGUGUUUGGGGCUCGUUGGAGAGCCAGAGGAUUUCUUUCUCUCGCGCACAAAAAAAUAGCGUACAAUUUGUUAAUAUUUAACACAAAGCAUCGUAGACAUUUUUUUAGUUAUAUUGUAUAAUUUAUUAUGUUAGUGUUUUUUUUUCGUUUUUUCCUGUUUUUUUUUUCUUUGUUUUUACUUUUGAAGAUGUGCACGAGUUAUUAAAGAAAUAGUCAGUAAGUAAGAAAAAUAUUAUUGUUAUUCGAAAGAAAUGACUUUUUUCCAAUUAUCAAAAAAAAAAAUCGGAUAUUGUAAUCGUGUACUUAUUAUUUAUUAGGUUUUUUUUUCUGUUUCUUUUCGGAAUGUGUGAUUGAAUUGGCCAAUGUAAUUGUAUACAGCUUUUUGAACUUUUUUAUACAUUAAAAGAAAUAAUAUGGCAACGAAAUGCGUUUAUUUUGCAAGUACGCGUGGUUGUGGAUUGUGUUUUUUUUUCGUGUUUUUUUUUCUGUUUCUUUUUUUUUUGUCUUGAUUAAAGGCCCAGUGUUGCCACGUUUGUCGCUUGUUUCGUGUUCAAUUAAUGCACAAAAAAUAAUUAUAAAUGUUAACACUA